AUGGAGCAGGACGUCAAUGUGGAUGAACAGUUCUUAUUAGCGCUCACUUCCAUUGAUCGAUGCAGUACUUUAGAAGUUUAUUGUAGCCCGUUCUUGGUUGUAGAGUUCUGUCUGGACAAAGACUACGGUUACUGGUGUUCUAACGAAAUAAUAUGUUUGACGUUACCCGAGACUUUGAAGCACUUGUUCGGAAAUCCCAGUGGUGACUGGGGUUGUUGCCCUUUUCCGAACGCGGUAUGCUGCAGUGACCAUAUCCACUGUUGCCCUCAAGGUACACAAUGUGAUCCUGAAAAGCUUCAUUGCACUAAAACAAAUGGUGAAAUAUUUCCUCCACGAAGGAAGGGUAAUGCACAGCAAUCAACGGAUGAGAAUGAAAUCAUAUGCCCCGAUCGACGGAGCAAAUGCCCAUCAGGAAGCACAUGUUGUAUGCUUGUGAGUGGAAAGUAUGGAUGUUGUCCUGUAGAAGGAGCUAAUUGCUGUGCCGAUCACCUGCAUUGCUGCCCAAGCGGCUUCACAUGCGAUACAUCUGGACAGCGAUGUAUCCAGGAUAAGGCAAGCCGCGGAUCAGCUUUAUCUUUGAUAUUUAUUGUAAUAAAAUUUCAAAUAGAAACUUUCGAAUCCAAUUCUGCCAACAGCACAACAGUUGUAGGAAAAUUACGGUUGCCUGGAGUGUUGAGACCUGAAAAUGGAAUUUCCUUACAAGCACAUUCGUACUUACCUACCAGUUUUUUCCAAAUUUCGCGCAGUGGACAUUUUUUGGAGUCGAAUCCUCCUACAACAAAGAUUAAUAAAUAG